AUGACCACCAGCUUGAAAAGAUCCCUCCAAAAGCCCAACACGAGUGAGGUGUCACAUGUCAGAGAGCCUUUCCUGAAGAUGGUCCAUGCCAGAGAACCCUUCCCAACCCACCAGACCUGGACUCAGCGUGAAUUCCUUCUCCCCAGAGAGGCCAAGUUGACAGGCUUCACCCAGCAAGCCUUCCACAAGCUGGUCCAGAAGCAGCCACCAUGCACAGACAUGAAGUCUAUGGUGCACCACCAGGUAAUCUCUCCUCGGAAGGAUGCAGCCCAGCACUCCUGGGGCUUUCACACAUGGCUCGACGUGGGACGUUUGCCUGCCCUCUUCCCCAGCAGGCCGGACAAACCCUAUGACAGCAAUGUCUGGCGCUGUCUGACUCACACCAAUGUCCAGAGCCUCCCUCCGGCACAGACUACCAUCCCUCCUCCCUCCAGGCUGGGCCGCCACAGCUUCUUGACCUUCAUCAAUGCUACCCCAAUCUUCGUGGACAAGAACAGGAAGAACCAGGUGAUUGCAAGAACAGUGAAAGAACUGAAGGAGGUGAAGAAACUCAAGCUGAGAAGCGAACUAAGGGCCCCUCCACUCGACAUCUAUGGCAAUAUUCUUCCCCCACCAAACUUCAAGAUGUCCCCACACAUAUCUGAUGGUGGAAGGUGUGAGCCUUGGGGCCUUCAGAUCCUCUCCAACCCACUUCCCAAUAAUUUCGCCAGGGGCUGGCCCUGCCCAAAUCCACAGCCUCAUUACCAGGAGAAGGUCCUGAAACUGGCUCGGCUGCCCAGUGCGCCCCUGAACGAAGAGCUUCUGAAGGACUACCAAGCCCUGCUUACGGACCGGAUUGCUAUGCCCCUCUCUUACCUAUUCAUGGCACGACCUUCUAAAACAUCAGAGGGAUCAGAGAAAACGAAUCCUGGAUGUGUCUAA